GCCACCGUCGUUCUCCGACAUAUUGUAUGCGGACAGCAAAUUCUGGAAGGGAGGGGAGAGUCCUGAGAUUAAAAAUUAUUCAAACGCAGGACGGAUAGAGACGCCGGUGGAAAUCGCAGCCAGAAUGGGGGUCCACACUCUGAAGGUCACGGGGUACUAGGAGUUUCACAGUAGAAUAGAAGAGGAUAGACUGAAACCACAGCAAGUCCUGCGAAAGACAACUACAGAAUGAAUCGGUACAAGAACAAAGCCCUCAACCCAGAGGAGAUGCGCAGGAGGAGGGAGGAGGAGGGGAUUCAGCUGCGGAAACAGAAACGAGAAGAGCAGCUUUUCAAAAGAAGAAACGUGGAGUUGAUCAGUGAUGAGGCAGGCAUGUUUGACAGUCCGUUGAUGGACUCCAUCGUCAGCUCGACCACAGCGGAGGACGGUGUUAUUACAAGAGACAUGGUCGAGAUGCUUUUUUCAGAGGAUCCCGAACUUCAACUAGCCACAACCCAGAAAUUCAGAAAACUGCUGUCUAAAGAGCCAAACCCACCGAUUGAUGAAGUCAUUAACACCACAGGGGUAGUGGAGAGGUUUGUCGAAUUCCUGAAGAAGAGCGACAACUGCACAUUACAGUUUGAAGCAGCAUGGGCUUUGACAAACAUUGCAUCCGGAACCUCCCAACAGACCAAGAUAGUGAUUGAGGCUGGGGCAGUGCCUAUCUUCAUUGAGCUUCUCAACUCUGACUUUGAGGACGUACAGGAACAGGCAGUGUGGGCCCUUGGUAACAUUGCUGGUGACAGUGCUGUGUGCAGAGACUAUGUACUGAACUGCAACAUCCUUCAACCACUAUUACUGUUACUUACCAAGUCCACUAGACUGACUAUGACCAGAAAUGCAGUCUGGGCCUUGUCUAACCUGUGCAGAGGAAAGAGCCCGCCUCCAGACUUUGACAAGGUGUCUCCGUGUCUGCCAGUGCUGUCCCGUUUGCUGUUCAGCAGCGAUCCUGAUUUGUUAGCGGAUGCCUGCUGGGCCCUCUCCUAUCUCUCCGAUGGGCCAAACGACAAGAUCCAGGCUGUGAUUGACUCUGGGGUCUGCAGACGACUAGUGGAACUUCUGAUGCACACUGAUUAUAAAGUUGCAUCCCCUGCACUGAGAGCUGUAGGAAACAUUGUAACGGGCGACGACAUCCAGACACAGGUUGUUCUAAAUUGCUCCGCCCUGCCAUGUCUCCUACACUUACUAAGCAGUCCCAAGGAGUCCAUUCGCAAGGAGGCUUGCUGGACUAUCUCGAACAUCACUGCUGGAAACAGAGCUCAGAUACAGGCAGUCAUAGAUGCAAACAUCUUCCCAGUGCUAAUAGACAUAUUGCAGAAAGCAGAGUUUCGCACAAGGAAGGAAGCUGCUUGGGCGAUCACAAACGCCACAUCGGGAGGAACUCCAGAACAGAUCAGUAGGUACCUGGUAAACCUGGGCUGCAUCAAGCCGCUGUGUGACUUGCUCACAGUCAUGGACUCCAAGAUCGUGCAGGUGGCUCUGACCGGCCUGGAGAACAUCCUCCGACUAGGGGAGCAGGAGUCCAAGCAGAAUGGCAGCGGGCUGAACCCCUACUGCAGCCUCAUCGAGGAGGCUUACGGGCUGGAUAAGAUCGAGUUCCUCCAGAGCCACGAGAAUCAGGACAUCUAUCAGAAAGCCUUUGACCUGAUUGAGCAUUACUUCGGUGUGGACGAGGAGGACCCCAGCCUGGCGCCACAGGUGGACGAGAACCAGCAGCAGUUCCUGUUCCCGCAGCAGGAGGCCCCCAUGGAGGGCUUCCAGCUAUAAUGCCCGUCUGAAAUGAGGGAAUAAUAAUAAUUAAUAAAGAAAUUGAAAUUCACUAGCAGCUGGAGCCAUGAGACAACCACCAUCCAUCGACCAGUAAAAUCAGGAGAGGUUUGACCCCCUUCUCCUUACCCCAAAAAAAUCCUCCCUACCCCUAAAAUGAAAGCAAAAAAAACUUAAAUAUAUUUAUCUUCUUGACUGUUGUUCUCCUAGGGCAAUAGUAUUUGAUUUACAAGUUGGGGGAGGAGAUUAAAAUUUUUUUUUUUUUCCUCAUUUGUUUUUGUUAAGAUUUGGAUACCUCUUCUGCCUUAAAAGUGAAUUUAAUGAUGAACUGAAUAAUUUAAUCUUGAGUUUUCAUGUCUUUAAACAGCAGAAAAUGUGGCAGCAAAAGGAGGAAUUCAAGAGUUAGACUUGGUCAAUGUGCAGAGAAAUUCUCUAGCCAGGUACUGUCCUGCGUUGGCAAAAAAAAUAAGGGUUGAGUUUUUAGAGUGAAAUUUAUGGCCUUCUCUUGGAUUGAGCAGAUUUCUUUUUAUUUCUCGGUAUCAUAUUUUGUUUGUCUCUUAAAGAAAGCCACUAUAAACACAGCUCUUCAAGUGUUUAACAUUUUCUAUUCGAUAACAGGCUCAGCUGCAAGGACUGCAACAGCCGUAUUGCUAGUUUAGAACCGUCCGCUUUUCAAAGCAGAAAGGUGGCAUACUAUAGAAUUGGCACUGGCUUUCAAAGGAGCUCGUUUGUUUUGCUACUGAUCCUAACGGCACGCUGAAGUUUUUUGGAAAUGUUGAAAACUUAAGUUUACGUGAUCUGGUUUAAUUUAAGCAGUUUUUUUGGAACAGGGAGGGUGGGUUAAGUGGGUACCUGGGGGAAAAUGGUUAUAGAUAAAAAAAUAUAUAUAUAUAGCUUAGAGCUGAUCAAAGCUGGUAAAGUAGAUAUUAAGUUGUGUGCUGUGUUUUUAAUAAUAACAAUUUAAGAAAUAAAAUAAAAAUGCAAGUAAAAAGUGCCUGCUUGAGUUCUCUGGUCUUGCGUCGCCCCACAGCAGUGGAUUAUGUACAUUUCUGAAACUAAACUUAUUUUUUAUAUAUAUAUAUAUAUCUCUAUAUAGUCUUGAUUCGGCUUAAAAAGUUGCGAGAUUAGAGGCUAAUGUAAAUAAAGCUGUGGUGUGCAGACCUUGGAAUAUCAGUCAGUGCACUUUUGAGUUUUGCAUGGUGUUGAUAUAUUCAAAACACAUCGUGUUACCUCCCUUGCCAAAUACCUGGUGGUCAACGGGCUUAAGAGACUCUGUCCAGACCUGUGAAGGAAAACUUUAUAGUAUCCAUUGUGUAGCAUUUCAAUAUCAAAAUCUGCUUUUAUCUGCAGCAUUUAGGGUACAUUUAAGCUAAUUUAGUCUGAACACUAAAUUAACAUUUAACAAAGAAUGUUUUCGUAGGUGUUGGUUGGUUGAUCUGCUAGAUGCUUUUUGUAAUGAAAUUGGAAGAAUAGCCUCAAUUUAUAAAUUAAACAUUUAGGCUCCAAAGCUGUUGCUUUUGUACUUCUCCUUCCUCCUCUGGAAAAAUCUGUAUACAAGAGUUUGAAAUAACAGGGAGCAACUGGGCAUGUGCAGAACCUGCAAGUAAUGAUGGGAAUUGUAGUUUUAAGUUGGUAUUGGUUUGUAAUUGAUUUUGGUGGGCCCUACGUGAACAGAUAUUAGUUUUACUUUUAGAAUCUGUCCUUAAGGGUGUAGCUGCUUUCACGUCCUGGCCUGGUAGGAUUAGUAAGGUACCAGGCAGGCAGGAGUCCUGAAUAUGCCACAGCUUUUCACCUUGCAAAAUCUAACCUGAAAUGGUUGUCUGGAUCCUUCCAGCAGGCAUUAGAUUAAACGUGAGGUCAAGGUGACCUUUCAUUACUGGCUGGAUAACUUCUCUAAAGAAUCUGGAUAGUUCAAGUUACCUUUAGCUGGAGCCUAAUGGCUCAGAUUCCUACUAUUUUGGUACCAAAUCGCAGCAAGGUACAGUGCAAAUAACCAGUCCUCAAAGGGACCGAAGAGAGCUGUCCUAUAUGGGUGGAAUAAAAGUCCACUAACAUGGCAUUUGCUGCCGCACCUAUAAAAGAAGGAACAAGUCAAUUUGCCUAGCUGAACUUUUUUAGGUAAACGCUGUUAAUCUGUAUUGAGUUAGGGUGGAGGGUUCACUUCGCAAACUAGUUUUCAGAUCACUUCCCCUUCCAGGAGUGCUACGAACACGCCCUGUAAUAAACUGAUGCUUGGUAAAUCAUGUUCCAGAAAGUUUAGGGUUUAGCCAGUGCUUGCACCUUCCAGUUUCGAGGGAUCUAACAGAAACGGACCUGACCACAUCUACAAAACUGUUCUUGAGAUUCCCGACUAAUGUGUGGGCUCCCAAUUCGGAGAAGCACAGGAGCUUUUGCAGGAGCCAGGUACAGAUAACGCUUACAAACCAAGGAGGGGAAUUCUCUGAAAAAAAUCUUUUAAGUCACUGAAUCAGUUUACGAUUUAGUUGUGUGCAAUAGUUUUUUGCUUUGCAUACUUUUUUGUGUAGCAAAAAAAACCAAAAACAUAAGAUGAUCCAACUGUUCUUUUUAAAACUACACGUUCUGAAAUUGAGUCUUCCUUUGGGAUGAAGGAGCAGCGCUUGCUGUAAAUUUCUACAUGUUCUGUUUGUAUAAAUGUGCUGGCUAAUCCAAGCUUUGGCAAGGGACAUGUUCUUAAAUUUGUGAAACAGACAGACAGAUGUAACACAAUUUGCACACACCACUGCGGACUUGACCAGCAGACACUUCACACACCAUGGCCUGGAUUCACUCUGAAAUUGUAGUGGUGUCCUAGCUGUUAGAAAGCCUGGUUAUGGCUCUGCUGUAAAAUUUUUUUUUUUUUUUUUUGAAUUCAGGCCAGAGACAUUCUUACAACACUAGAGGAAAAUAGCUUCCAUGAUACCAAUCAGAAGGACAAGUGCUUCAAAAGCAUUUAUAUGUCUUUUUUUUUUAUUGCUAUUUUUGAUAAACAUUUCUCUAGAUGCUCACAAUUGAGUUCUCCAGCAAUUCUUGCGGUUCUGGUAAAUGCAGUAUUAAUCUGCGAUUGUGAGACAAAAUGCAGUUUGGCCUUACUUUGAGUUCGGCGCAUUUUAGGUUUUUUUUUUUUUUUUUUUUUUUUCUUUGCUCGGUCCUUUUCCAAAAUGACUGAGUAAAAAUUAAAAACCCACAAAAGGGUUUUGAGUCUCUUUUUUUCAUAUUACCUCUGGGGGAAAAAAAAAAAAAAAACUGUGACUUGCAAUUUUAAAGUGUUUUGGAGGAGUACUCGUGCUCCCUGUGCUAGUGGGAUUAAAUUGUGGAAGCGUUUUUCUCUACCUCUGCCAUUGCAACGGCUUUGCGUUCGAGGGCAGACAGAUCUCACAUCCAACUGGUGUGACACAGACUGACUGGAGCUGUGUGAGGGGGAGAGAUUGUACUGUACACUUCCGUUCACUUCAGAGCCAACAGCAUUUCUCUCCGGUGUUCCCUUUAUGUUAAUACGAGGUGGGGCAGAAAACCAAGUUGCUGGGUGCGGUUUGACACUUUCAGGAACAUGAUACAAGUGAUGGCCAGCUUUGCAUGUGGGAAGGUCUCUCAAUUGACUCAGUAUCAAAAUUCUGCCACUGUUCUAGGUAAAGUGGGUCUCUUCUCUAUAUCUAGGUUACAUGCAUCUAAGGGACUAGAACAAAAACUAGUCCUGUGUCUAAAGCUUCUGUGAUUGGUUUUCUGUGUUCCUCUAUUGAGUGUUUUAUUGGUGGCAGCUGUUGAUCAGUUGUGUUUGUUUGACCUUUCUUGGUGCCAGAGAGCAGCUUUAGUUAAAGGACACUAGAUCCUAUAGUUAGGUUUAGUUCCCUUUAAUAUAUUGACGUGAACCAGGGUAGGCAUGUAUGGUCUUGGUACCAGGCAUGACUAUUGGGGUCCAUGUACUUAUUCACCAGGCUGUAUCUUUUGCAUACCAGAUUUCUGAUCUGUGAAUGGGUGGCUAGAUACUUUUCUUCUUUGUUGUUCUGCCAGGAAGAACAGUGCACCAAGAAUUGCAGUAAAUACUUGACCUUACAAGUAAAAAAAUUCAAUCAAUCAACCAGGCACUGGAGCUGGUGUUAGCUGCAAAAGGACUGCAUGCUUUAGAAAGAGAACUCUGGAAGAAUAAACAUGUGACAUGAUACAUGAGCAAGUCAAGAAGAUAUUUUUGUUUUUACAUUUCUCUGCCAUUACAUUAGGGAUGGGCAGAAUGGUUUGUGAAGACUGUGUGAAGGACAUUUCUUUAAAUGUUUUACUGCAACCUCUUCUGUUUAAGGUAAAUGGUUCGUUUUGAUUAAAAUUAAUUCUUUCAUCAUUUAAGGGACAUAUAAGUGGGAGAUUUCCACUACCUAGAACACAGUUUAGGACUUUGAUAAAAUCUGCUCUUAGGUGCUGCAUUGUUACUCCCAUACACUUUUUAUUAUUUCUGUAAACCAGUAUUGCAGAUGAGUAGGAUUAAGCCAGGUUGUACAACACUGUAAGGUGCCAUACUUUAGUGUGUGCUUCAAAUCUCUGCAGUGUUUCAAGUUUCAUCAGAGGGAAAUCGCCCAAUUUUCAGAACUGUAUUUCAGAGUGAUUUGCAUUAGAUUGAGUGUUGCCCUCUAAUUGAGAGAGUGAAUUUUUCUGUAACUAUCAUUGCAUGUAUUUUAAGAAACAAAACCCUAUUGUGCUCUGCAAUUAGACUGAUUUUAGUUUUGCAUCCUGAGCCCUUUUGCAGUGAACAUCAAGUCAGCCUACAACUCUGUGCUCCCAGUUCAGCAACUUGCUGUCAUAAGCUUCAAAACAUGCCAGCUAUGCAAAAUGCAGUUCGAUCAAGAUCUUUUGAGAAAUGUCCCAAUCUUUUUGGUUUUUCUGUAUGUUCCAGUCUCUUUGUCUACAGGUGAUUUUUGUACAGUUUUUCUACUAUUUUGAUGUAAUUUGGCUAAAGUUUCGAUUUGUGUGAAUUAGAUCUGAUCAGUAGGUGUAAACAGAUACUGUUUUGAGGGUGAACAGUUCUGUAGGUAAAAUGAUGAAAUAUUAAAUAAUAAAAACAAAAGGGGAAAAAAAAGGUGCUUCAGUUGUUCUGGGCAACAGUUUUUGUAAGAUUAAAGCACCAGUUUUAAAUCUGAGGUCUGUAAGAAGACCGACAUUUUGGCGAAGACCGUCAGCCAAGAUGAAGACCUUGGUGUGAACGGCUGUCUUUACUUCGGGGUUGAUCUGAUGAAUGUAUACCCCUCUGGGGUAAGCCAGGGUGUGUCCCAGCUGAGUAUAGGAUAACCCACUUGGUUUCAGUCUGACCAAAACUUGGACCCAAGUUUACUGCACCUGUAGCUUUUUGUCUAUUUAUAAGAACAGUGAAACAAAGAAAGAUCAUUACAAAUAAAGAAAGCAAGCACUGCUCUGUUCACUCAAGUGCCAAUCCAACCAUCAAAUGCCCUGGAGGUCUAUCUUUGGUCUUUUUAUGACUUUUUUUUUUUGUUUUACUUGAAUGUGCGCGAAUUAUGUGCAAACAUUGCUGCUUUUGGUUUAUUACCUUAACAACUGAUCCUUACAUUGCUUGGCUACAUUCAAGCGUCCUCCUUUACUAUUCUUGCACUAAAAUGAUUUUCUUUUAUUGGAUCAGGACAGAGGAGAACUAAAAUCGGAUGGGUAAUAAUUUUGAGUCUUCAGCGUAUUCCAGGCCAGCAGGGCCAUGGUGUGUUUAUUCAAGUCAUGGUGAACUAUAUGGGUUCCCCAUAAGCAUGCAACACAAUUUUAAUACAUUUUGUAGCUGAAUUAAGAAGAUAUUUAGGAUUGUAUGGCAAACGGUCAGUUGUUAUUGCCUUUGUAUUACGUGUGUAAAGUAAUGGUGAGCUUUUCGAUGUUUCAAAUACCCGUUUUGCAUUUAGCCAAUUCAUUUCCAAUUCCAUACACCAGAUUUCUAGGAUUUAUGGAGGAAUCCCACAGUAUUCUGCCCUGGCUUCUCAACUAUGUACUAAUUCUACUAAAAGUUCUCCAGUUUCACAAGAUUUGGCUUUGAUUUAAAGAACUGGAAUAGGGAAUGAAGAAAUGAUUGAUUAGUUUUUGGUUGCAUUAGAAAUAUUAAUGUUAUAACUGUAAACUGUAAUUUUGCAGAUGAAGUAUAAAGAUCAACUCAAUAGACUGCCGUAACUGUGAAUAAAUGCACAAUCUGGUAUUUUUCCAGGUAAACAAAAAUAUAUCGGUUUAUUGAAAUUUAAGAUGCUCCCUGUGUUUUCAGUGGAUUCUUUCAGGUUAUUGAAAUUGGAUAUGUUCUACAGAUUGGAGCGAGCAAGCAAUAAAUAAAUAAUGCAGAUAAUUAAAUAACCUGAUGAAAAGCAAAAAAAAAAAAAAAAAAAAAAAAAGUGCAUUUAAACACUACCCUUUAAUCUGUGGUAACAGCUAAGUGGACUAAAAGGGUUCACCUGUCUUCUGUCCAGACUAACGCAAAUAAAAAUGCAUGAAUAAAACAAGCAGCACUUCAGCUGCUUCACUCAGUUCAGAGUUGUUGUUUUGAAAUUAUUGCGUGCAGGAUAGCUUCUUUAAGAAAGGUGACGAUGAACUCGCUCGCAGGUUACUUUAAAGGGUAUGCACGUUAUCUGAGAAGACGCAAUAUAUAAGGGACAUCUGAUUGCUUUAUUGAUAGGGUUAUAGAAUUAAUUACCAUUCAGAUAUUAGAUGCACAUUAUAAUGUAAUCUAGAAGAAACUGGAUACCCCCUUUUAUGAAUUCCUUUUUCUGGUCCACUGUUUUACUUUUUUUAUUAUUAUUAUUAUUUAUUGAUCUUAUUUGUUGUUUCUGGAUUGGACAUUGUGACGACUGACUCAAUGACGUUGACGGACUGACCGACCGACUUUUAUGAAUGCGCGUGACGAAGGACAGGCAAAAAACACAUACAUACAUAAACACACACGCAAAAAACUUAACAAAAAAAUAGUUCUUUAGGGUUACACUGUAAACAAAAAACAAAUGUUAAAUAAAUGUUGCAACCCUUGCUAACUUGUGUGUCUGUCUUUUGUUUAAUCUGAAGGGGGGGGGGCUGGAAUGAGAUGGGGUGCAUAUCCCUUUUGGUCAUUUGUUUUUGUUUUAAUUACAUUUUUUUUAAUGUGUAAAACAGAAUAUGGGAAUGUGAACUCUAUAGGGUUGGAGAAGUUGCCUUGCCAAAA